CUCUGUAAACAGACAGCUUGUGUCCUUUGUCUGCGGAGCGUCUCCAACUCUCCUCCCUCCCGGGCAAAGCGCAGCCCCUCCCGCUGGAUCCACCAUCACCCCCCGCCCCUGGUACACCGGACAGUAGCCCUGCCUCCUUGUUGUCUCCAGUGCGGAGAAGGGCUACGGGAACCACAAGAGUGUCAGACCCGCUUGUCUAGACAGAGAACCGGCUGAUCGGCCAUGGGAGGAAGCGCCUGAUCUGCGCCAGCCCGGGCUAGAGCGCACCCCACCCCACGGGGCUCUGUAUGUCUUGAGGGGGGAGAAUGAUUGCCGGGACACCCGGGGGAGAGACGGCGAAAGCGCCCGUGGAAAUGGCAAGGGAUCUGCGUUCUUACGCCGCCAGCUGCCUCGCCACCUCCGGGCCUGUUCCCGGCCAACCGUGAUCGGGUGAGCCGGGGGAAUCGGAGCGCAAUUCGCCAUGGAGACCGUGGGCAAAUUCGAGUUCAACAGGAAGGAUCUGAUCGGGCACGGGGCUUUCGCCGUGGUCUUCAAAGGUCGGCACAUCGAGAAACAUGAUUGCGAGGUUGCCAUUAAAUGUAUUAACAAGAAAAACUUAGUAAAAUCUCAAACCCUUUUGGGAAAGGAAAUUAAAAUCUUAAAGGAACUGAAACACGAAAACAUUGUGGCACUCUAUGACUUUCAGGAGAUGGCAAACUCUGUCUACCUGGUGAUGGAGUACUGCAAUGGGGGUGAUCUUGCCGACUAUCUUCAAGUGAAAGGGACCCUCAGUGAAGACACCAUCCGCCUCUUCCUGCAACAGAUCGUUGGGGCCAUGAAGAUGCUUCACAGCAAGGGGGUUAUCCACCGUGACCUGAAACCACAGAACAUCCUGCUGUCCCACGUCGGGGGGCGGAAAUCCAAUCCCAACAACAUCCGCAUCAAGAUAGCUGACUUCGGCUUUGCCCGAUACCUGCAGAGCAACAUGCUGGCAGCGACCUUGUGCGGAUCGCCCAUGUACAUGGCACCUGAAGUUAUCAUGUCCCAGAACUAUGAUGCCAAGGCUGACCUGUGGAGCAUCGGGACUAUCGUUUACCAGUGUCUGACAGGCAAAGCUCCCUUCCAGGCCAACAGUCCACAGAAUCUCCGCCUGUUCUACGAGAAAAAUAAGGCCCUCGUUCCAAACAUCCCGAGGGAGACCUCGAGCCACCUGCGCCACCUGCUGCUGGGACUUCUCCUGCGGAACUACAAGGAGAGGAUGGACUUCAACGAUUUCUUCCAUCACCCUUUCCUGGACGUCAGCUCAUCCAUGAAGAAAUCUGCCCCGGUACCAAUGCCAGCCUACCCAGGCUCGGCCUCCAACAGCUCCUGCAGCAGUUCCUCCACCUCCCACCUCGCCUCCCCUCCGUCUCUGACAGACGUACACCACCUCCGGAUGAAGGGCCUCGCCUCGCCCCCACAGGAGAUUCCAGGCUUUCUCCAGGCCUCCAGGGACUCGGCCGGGAGCAGCAGCAAGACCUCGUCCUGUGACAUUGAUGACUUUGUCCUGGUGCCCCACAACAGUCCGACACACUGCUCUGGUGAGCUGCUGACUGACAGCCUGACAGGACGGACAGUAAUUGACAGCCUUAACUACAGCAGCGGCUCCCUCUUAACGUCCACUGGCCAGGGAAGUCACGGGGAGCCACUCUCUCCCUCCGCGUCCUGCAGCAGUUCCCCAAGCCCCUCAGGUCGGCCAAACCAGGAGCUGAUUGCCACCUAUGAAGCCACCGUUCCCAUCCCUGUGCCCACCCAGGUUCUCAACUACCAGCGAAUCGAGCAGAAUCUCCAAUCUCCGAAACGCGGUUUCCUGCCAAGAUCGGAGGCAUUUGGAAGGUCCUGCAGCACAAAUCCACUGGGAUUCAAUAAAACAGGAGCGUCCCCUCCUCAGUACGGAGACCAGGGCGCCACACACCAUCGAGCGCCAUCUUCGGGAAGUUUCAACCUUUACCCACCCUUGCCACAAGGUGUCCUGGCACCAGAACCUCACCAGCAUGGACUGGGCUCCAGGCUGCACAGUGCGCCCAAUCUUUCCGACACACUGCACUACCAACAGAAGAUGAAGAAGCAAUAUUCUGAGCCGCUGGUGGCCGGUAUGACCCAGCCUGUCCAGAGUCCACCGCAGCAGGUGCUCGGGCAGCAGUCCUGCAGACAGAUGAAGCUGUCCCCCAAGCUCUCCGAGUUAAUUCAGAGGAGCCCACUCCCCACCAUCGUGGGAUCACCAACGAAGGUGUCCUCCCCCUUCGAGUUCCCAGAGGCUGCCAGCACCCAGAACCUCGUCACGAUGCUCACUGACCAGGGUGUCACCCUGGCCUCCAGUCGCAACAGGACGGUGCCUGACCUCGGCCACUUCCACCAUCAGCAGCUCGGGCAUGUGCAGAAGCCCACCGAUGAAGAGAAGGGACCUUUCGGCAGGUCGCUCAGCGCCGGGAAGCUGUCGGAUCUGCUGCUGAAGGCAGCAUUCGGAGGGCAGGCCAUGGAAGCCGUCAGCAAUGAGAGCCUGAGCACAGAGAGGCCGAUGGAUGUGGCAGCUCCCGGCACGGCCAUCGGGGGACAAUUCCCUACGGCGUCUUCCUGCAGUCCGGCCCCAGCCAUUUUCAUGGUGGGCUCCCCUCCCAGUGGCGCCUCGCCCCACUCUGGCCGAACACGCAUGUUUUCAGUCGGCUCCUCCAGCUCGGUGAGCUCACUGGGUUCCUGUAGUGGCUGGGCUCCCCAGAGCUCCCCCCUGGGUCUUGCCAUCGAGCCCGAGAUGUCCUCGGCUCUCCGGUACAACUUCGCCGAGACCAGCGCAACCAACGUGGAGGCUGCCGUCACCUUUGAAGCCCCAGAACUACCCGAAGAGACUCUCAUGGAGCAGGAACACACCGUCAUCCUGAAGAACCUGCGUUUCACACUGACCUUCGUUCACUGUGUGAUGGAGAUCGCCUCGGCCAGGGGCAGCUCCCUGGAGGCCACGUCCAGCUCGGGGACCGCCGGCAGCCAGCUUCAGGACAGUGUGGUGGUGGAUCAGAUUAGCCUCCUGAGCAAGGAGUGGAGUUACGCAGAGCAGCUGGUUCUCUCCAUGAAGGUGGCAGAGCUGCUGUCGACAGCCCUGCGCCUCAGCAAGAGUCAGAUCAAGGAGGGCAGACUGUACCCCUCGUCCAGCGUUAAACAGGUGGUGAAGAAGCUGAAUGAACACUACAAAUCCUGCGUCUCGCUCUGCCGCUCCCUGACCGCCAGACUCCAGCGGUUCUUCCUCGACAAGCAACAACUCAUGGACAGAAUUAACAGCAUCGCCGCGGAGAAGCUCAUCUACAGCCACACCGUGCAGUUGGUGCAGUCGACGGCGCUGGACGAGAUGUUUCAGCAGGGGCAGGACUGCGUUCAGCGAUACCAGAAGGCACUGCUGCUGAUGGAGGGCCUCUCUCAGAUAAUCGUGAACGACGAGGAUGUGCGGAGCAUCAACAAAUGCAAGCAAUGCAUCGAGCGCAGAUUGUCCACCUUACAUCCAGGAUUGUGCGCGUGAACUCCUUCCCGCCUUGCGUUGCCUGGAAUUCCUGGACACUGCUUCGGAACAAUCCCAGAUGGCGAUCUUCCCCUCUGAAGCGGACAGGGGGGUGGUCUGCGUUUGUUAACCGUUGCCUGCCGACCCCAGCGGCUCCCCAUGAACAGUAAGCGUGAACGACUGUCCCGGCUGAUUACGAGACUCGUGGCAAACGACACCAUUCUGCAGCACACAUCCAUUGCUGAGAAAGUUUUGGCUGGUGGGAAACAGACGUGUGAAGAACAGCAGCAGGAGUCCUCUCCCCCACCCUCCGACGUUAUAUUGAUCUGAUGGGAAGCUGUUGCCUGCUUCCAAUAACGUACUCUCCACUGAUCUGUGGAUGAAGAGAGUUUUGGACUCAAAGGAAGCUGGUGAAAUGUUUGCAUCGUGACAAGGCUUCCUGGUUUUAUUUUGUGUUUUCAUCGACCGCUGCCUUGAAGCACUUCUCUCACUUUUAUUCUCUCUAAAGUGUUAUCACAUGUGCACACUGACACAGUUGGUCCCUCACAGUCUCGCGCACACCCACACCCACACCCACCACACCUGUACACGUGAAACAGUCAAACAAUGAUGCACUUUACAUUAAGUCUGAACCACACACACAAUCACGGAUCCCAUAUUAUCACAGGGCAGACCCAAAACCACAGAAUCUGCCUCCCCACCCGGUUCAAGACCCGCAGCACCUCCAACCUCACCCGAUUUACAUUGCACUAUUCACAAAUCUGGAUCUGGAGCAGUUCGGAGGUUAGAGUGGGUGAGUGAGUGUGUGUGUGUGGGGGGGGUGCCCACUCAUUCCUCAGUUACAGCAUCCCGUCAAGUUCCAUGCAGCAACGGACAAUCACGUCUCCAGACUCUCCUCCUGGGCUUCCUUCACGAAACUUGUUUUUUUUGCGAUGUGUCACUGCGGGGGUGAGUGGUGCUUUCGUAGGCGAACAGAAACAUUGUGAGUGAGCAGAAGCUGAAAUGCAAGCACGGGGUGAGCGAGACACAGACGCAGGAGUGCGUGAUCACUUGAGUGGCGUGGCGUAUUCAAACUGGUGACAUACGAAUUAUCAACCAAUGAUUUCCUUACAAUUUCCUAUAACUACUUGAAAAUUCGUCGCUCUGUGUACACAAGAGUAUAUAUAUAUAUAUAUAUAU